AUGUGUACACAGUGCAUCAGCCAGCAGAAGGCUUCAUGGUCAUUGCGUGUCCCUUUCACAAUUUGUGUAUUUUCUGGAGGCGUGUUGUCUCAAGCUAAGGAAGGCUGUCGUGAGCUGGGACCAGCCGUAGAUGGCGUUGCAGCCACUAAUAUAGGUGAGCCUUCCACGCAAAUGGCGUUGAAGGCAUUCCACGAUGCUGAUGUAGCGUCCAUGAACAUCCCACAAGGAGUACCACGAAUCAAGGAGAUAAAUAACGCUGUCAAAGCCGUGAGUUGGUAUUCAUUCCCUCCUGAGUCUUCAUCGUUAUGUUAG